CCAUCUGGCCUUACUGUUUCGCGAACAACUCGACAACUACGUGGCUGCCGUACGUUUUAAAGUGAUUAAAACUAAGCCAAAAGUACCCAGAACAACGAUGGAAGGAACGGUAGCCAAGGUUCUGCUUGUUAUGGGCAGUCUGCUGGUCCUGUGCAGCACUAGCCAGGCCUUCAUCGUCAGCGUGGACGCCCACAACGAGGAGUGCUUCUUCGAGAAUAUCGAAGGCGGCACGAAAUUCGGCGUCACGUUUGAAGUGAUUGACGGUGGCUUCUUGGACGUGGACAUCAAAAUCAGCGGACCCGACAACCAUAUCAUGCACGAAAGUGAAAAGGAGUCAUCCGGCAAGUACACCUUCGUGACCCCCGCCAAGGGAACCUACACUGUUUGCUUCAACAACGAACGUAGCAGCAUGACACCUAAGCUGGUUAUGUUCUCGAUCGACGUGGGCGAGUCACCACAACGUGCUCCCGGAGCACCUGGCGAAGAGGAGGUGGGACACACCAAGCUGGAGGAUAUGAUCCGGGAACUCUCCGGCACUCUGACCAGCGUCAAGCACGAACAGGAGUACAUGCAUGUGCGCGACAAGAUCCAUCGCUCGGUAAACGAGAGCACUAACUCGCGGGUGGUCCUGUGGUCCACUUUCGAAGCCCUAGUACUGGUCCUCAUGACUGUGGGCCAGGUCUACUACCUAAAGCGCUUCUUUGAGGUCAAGCGCGUCGUGUAAUCCCGUCAAGAAGAAACCAGGAUUGAGAGGAGCGAAGAAGCGAAGGAGGAAAGCAAGCGCCACACUGAACUGGGGGAAAUGUGUGUGUGUGGGCAAAGCGUGUUGCAGUCUCAGAAUUAAUUUAAACGAUUAACAUCCUUUUUGUAAUUAAAAUAAAAUACCAUGUAAAAAGUAA